AUGCUCGGGACGGGCGAGGAAAAUGGCCGUAUAGAUGAGACGACCGCUCUCCUAGGGGCCAACCAGGCCAAAUAUGUGGACGUGCACACAUCAGACAAUGUGGACAACUCUUCAGCACCUGAUUCCAAUGGUGUCGAUCUCACCGACAAAAAGCCAUUACCGAAGCUCCAGAUCCUGCUGCUUUGCUAUGCACGGGUGGUGGAGCCCCUAGCCUUCUUCUCCAUCUUCCCGUAUGUGAGCCAGAUGGUGCAGGAUAACGGUAACGUGGCAGACGCGGAUAUCGGCUUUUACAGCGGACUUAUCGAGUCGAUGUUCUCUCUGACACAGGCAAUUGUCAUGAUAUUCUGGGGUCGCGCCGCCGACCGCCUCGGCCGCAAGCCGGUCCUGGUCUUUUCAUUGUUCGGCGUGACUGUAGCGACGGGUCUGUUUGGUCUGGCAAAGAGCAUUCCACAGAUGAUUCUGUUUAGAUGUUUUGCUGGCGUCUUCGCUGGAACUAUUGUCACUAUCCGCACUAUGGUCGCGGAGCACAGCACCCCCACCACCCAGGCUCGGGCGUUUAGCUGGUUUGCCUUUAGUGGUAACCUGGGUAUCUUCCUAGGUCCUCUCUUGGGAGGUGCGCUUGCCGAUCCAGUGCGGCAAUAUCCGAGUAUCUUCGGAAACGUCCACUUCUUGGAAACACAUCCCUAUGUGCUUUCGAGCGUUGUGGUCGCGCUGAUCGGACUCACUGCCGCAGUAUCCAGCGCCCUCUUUGUUGAGGAGACACUGAAGAAGGAGCCGGCUGCGGAUGGCGUCGGGGAAGAGGCAGCCUCCAGAGCUCCAGCUCCGCGCGGUGACAUGUCAACCCGGCAGCUUCUCAAUUCACCGGGUGUCGGUAUGGUUCUGUAUGUGUACGGGCAUAUCAUGAUCCUUGCCUUCGGCUUCACCGCUAUCAUCCCAGUUUUCUGGUUCACUCCCAUCCAUCUGGGAGGCUGGGGUUUUACGCCCUUACAGAUUUCACUGAUGAUGGGACUGAACGGCGCCUCUCAAGCCGCGUGGCUCCUACUUGUAUUCCCACCACUGCAGCGAAAGAUAGGAUCCAAUGGUGUCAUGCGCCUCUGCGCCUGCGUUUACCCGUUCUUCUUCCUUUGUCUGCCCCUGGGUAACGCUCUCCUGCGUGUGGAAACCAAAGGAUCCGUCAGAGCUUUCUGGGUCUUCGCACCGACCAUGCUUGCGAUCGGUAGCGGAGUCAGCAUGAGCUUCACGGCGAUCCAGCUUGCCCUGAACGAUGUAGCACCAUCGCCAAAGGUGCUAGGCACGCUGAAUGCUUUGGCUUUGACCGGUUCGAGUGCGCUUCGGGCCUUCUGCCCUGCGCUUUUCACCACUCUGUUUGCUCUCGGUGCAAGGACUCAGCUGGUGGGGGGUUACGCCAUCUGGAUCCUCAUGUUGAUACUGGCUUCUGGGUUCUCGUUUACAGCACGAUUCCUGCCGGAGCCUCGGGCAGCCCACAAACAGCGGGAUGAACAGGCGAGGUGA